AUGUGGACAGGUGGAGAGGAAUGGCAGGGAACAGUGAAAUUGGGCCAAGAAGACACAAACUGGGUUAGCUUCAAAUAUCUUGGUUCUGUUGUGAGUGAGAAUGGAAACUUGUGCGCAGAAGUCAGUAAUAGAAUUCAGUGUGCUUGGAUGAAUCGAAGAAAGUCAUCAGGGAUACUAUGUGGCAGGAGAAUCAGUGCAAAAGUUAAAGGAAAGUUUUAUAAAAGCAUAGUUAGACUACCCAUGCUCUAUGGGGCAGAGACUUGGCCAAUAAAGAAAGAACAAGAAAGAAGAAUGGAAGUGGCCGAGAUGAGAAUGCUGAGGUGGAUGUGUGGUGUCACAAAAAGAGAUAAGAUCAGGAAUGAAUUGAUCAAGGGGACAGUCAAAGUAUUAGAGGUUUCAAAAAAAGCUCAGGAAAGAAGAAUCAAAUGGUUUGGUCAUGUCAUGAGGAGAGAAGAGGAACACGUAUGUAAGAAGGUUAUGAACAUGGGGUUGGAGGGCAGAAGAUGGAGGGGAAGGCCAAAGUUCAGGUGGAAAGAUAAAUUAUUGAAUGACAGGAAGGAAAAGGAUCUAAGAGAACAAGGUGUACAGGACAGAGGAAGAUGGAGAAGGCUGACUAGAAACAAAGACCCCAUAUAG